AUGAAGAUUGCGAAAAGUGGUAAUGCAGGUGGUUUUAUUACUGUACUGAUCAGUUUUUUUGGGUCAUCGUUUGCAAUUUUUCUACUGUUGAAAUUUUUAUUGAGUUCAUCUAUAAUAUCAAUUGGGUCUAUUGUUUCAUUGAUUCCAGUAAAUUCUUUUAAACAUUAUGUUCCUGAUUUUAAAAACACACCUGGUGUUGAAUUUUAUGACUUGAGUAAUUACCAAGGUAACAAAGACGGUUGGCAACAAAAUGAUAGGAUAUUGUUUUGCAUUCCAUUGAGAGAUGCGGCUCAACAUUUGCCAAUGUUCUUUGAUCACAUGAAUAAGAUGACUUAUCCUCAUAAUUUGGUCGAUUUAUCAUUUCUAGUAAGUGAUUCUUCCGAUGAUACUAUGGGUGUGCUAUUAUCACAUUUACAAACUGUACAAUCUCAACAAGAUAAGUCUAAAAGAUUUGGUAAUAUUGAAAUUUAUGAAAAAGAUUUCGGUCAAAUUAUUGGUCAAUCAUUUAGUGAUAGACAUGGUUUUGCUGCACAGGGACCAAGAAGAAAACUGAUGGCCAAGGCUCGUAAUUGGCUAGGUUCUGUGGCUUUGAAGCCUUACCAUUCUUGGGUCUAUUGGAGAGAUGUAGAUAUUGAGACCGCUCCAGUUACCAUCAUGGAGGAUUUGAUGCAUCAUGAUAAAGAUAUCAUUGUUCCAAAUGUUUGGAGACCUUUGCCAGAUUGGUUAGGUAACAUCCAACCUUAUGAUUUAAAUUCAUGGCAAGAGUCAGAAGGUGGUUUACAAUUAGCAAAUCAAUUAGAUGAAAAUGCUGUUAUUGUUGAAGGUUACCCAGAAUAUGCUACAUGGAGACCUCAUCUGGCAUACAUGAGGGAUCCAAAUGGUGAUCCAGAAGAUGAAAUGGAGUUAGAUGGUAUUGGGGGUGUCUCUAUAUUGUCAAAGGCUAAAGUUUUCCGUUCAGGUUCUCAUUUCCCUGCUUUUUCAUUCGAAAAGCAUGCCGAAACUGAAGCAUUUGGUAAAUUAUCAAGAAGAAUGAAUUACAAUGUCGUGGGUUUACCUCAUUAUGUCGUGUGGCACAUUUAUGAACCUUCUACCGAAGAUUUGAAACAUAUGGCUUGGAUGGCCGAAGAAGAAAAGAGAAAAGCUGAAGAAGAAAAAUUAAAAGAAUUCUAUGAUAGAGUUUGGGAUUCAGGGUUCGACGAUGUCAGAGAUGACUGGUCUUAUGAAAGGGAUUCAAUUCUAAAGAAUAUUGAUCAUAAAAUUGACAACAGUAAAUAUGAAAACAUGGACUGGUCAGAAGAUCCAGAAGAUUCAAAUAAUAUAAGGGUGCCGGCUGCCGAGAAUGUUGAUAAUACCCAGCAAGAGGCUAGUAAAGAGGCAAUUAAAGAAAACCAUGUCCAAAAGAACGGUAACCAACAAGGUCAACAGCAAAAGCAACCGCUACAACAAGAGCAACAGCUACAACAAGAGCAACAACAACAGCAGCAGCAACAAAAAGUACAACAGCAGCAACAGCAACAACAACAACAGCAGCAGCAAAAGGCAGUUGCAGUUCCUGCUCAAGAUGAUGCUGCUGAUGCAGCUAAGAAAGAAAUAGCACAAGAGAAGAAGGGCCAAGAUAAAUCGAAGCAGCAACAACAGCUGGAACAAAAGCAAGAACAAAGGGAACAGCAAGGAAGAGCUCUUCAACAACAGAAAGAAGAGCUUAAACAAAAACAAGAAGCACAGAAUGCACAAAAUGCACAAAAUGCACAAAAUGCACAAGGGAAAAAAGCUGAAUCCAAUCCAAAGGAACAACCUAAACAGGAAGUAAAGAAAGAAGCCGAAGCUAAACAAAAUGCCCAAAAGGAACAACAGAAUCAAAAUCAGAAUCAAAAACAAGAACCAAAAGAUGAUAAGAAGAAGGAAGUUCAACUAGAUUUCGAUCCAAAGAAUCAAUAG